GUCAAAAUUUCCUAAGCCGAUUUUAAUUCACUUCACCUCAUCCACAAAACACGUCCACCCAUUUGCGGCUCUUCAACCACCACCACCAUCACCACGAAGACAAUCUAAACGACAAAGUCGAAAAUUUGCCAAGAUGGAAAACGACAAGGGAGAGAUUGUGGACCUUUACGUCCCCCGCAAGUGCAGCGCCACCAACCGCAUCAUCAAGGCCAAGGACCACGCUUCCGUCCAGAUCUCUAUCGCCAAGGUAGACGAGAGCGGCCGACAAAUCCAGGGCGAGAACCACGUCUAUGCCCUCUGCGGAUUCGUACGAGCGAUGGGCGAGAGCGACGAUGCCCUGAACCGUUUGGCCCAGCGCGAUGGUCUUCUGAAGAGCGUCUGGAGCGCUGUCCGAUAAAUUCCUUAAUCAUCAUGGUGAUCGGGAUUGGUGUUCACGGGGAAUUCAUGACAGUAUGGUCGGCAUGGGAUUGCUUUUGAUACUGCAUAUAGCCGGUUAAAAAUACCUGCAACUUCUACGUUUCGGAACAAAAUACGAACGAUUGAUUCCCUUCCGCAACUUAAACUAGAAUGUCCCAGUAAUGUGCGACCGACCCGUAUGCCGGCUGGCGAAGUCUUCUCGCGUCCACCUUCGAGUGAUUCAAUGGGCGAGGAUUCUGGGGCUACCGCGAUAGCCUCCGUGCCGAAGAUUGAUAUUGGCCUUGAAAAAGCUGUGAUGCUCGAGAUGUUCAUUAUGGCACAGAUACGGGUCAAACAUCCUUUCGUUUCUACAUUUUCGUAAAUAUGCUUUCCAAUACAAGUGAAGUGAUUCCACAUCUAGAGUUCUGGCAUUUCAUAUGACAAUGUAACUGUGAACUAGUAUUAUUAGCCAUGGAAGUUGUCGGGGAAUAGCCUGAGAACCUUUAUACUACCUACUUAAGGUCGUUGGUUGCGAGACGGUUCUAGCACCG